CUGAAACCCCACUGUUGGAACUUGGAAGCUCGUCUGAGACGGCAGAGAGCAAGCGACUGCUUUCGCUAUGGCUUUUCUUUUCAACAAAUUUCAAGAGGCUGUGAAAGUUCUUGCGAAAAGCCCGACAUUUGCCAGGAAUCCAAGGCAGCUGCAGUUUGAAGCUGACGUGAACCGCCUCUUCUUGUAUACCAGCUACAAUCGAUUGGGAGGAGAUGUUGAUGAAGAAGAUGCAGAUGAGAUUAUUGACAUGGCUAGUAAAGCUUCUGUUGAUGACCAGCAAAAGCAAGUCCAAGAAAACAUCCAUUCUCAAAUUAAAAGCUUCUCCACAUUUAUGGAUGAAAUUCUUCUUCCUGACACUGCAAAGGGAUCUGAUGCACUUGAAUCGUCUCCUCCAGCUCCUCGUCCAAGUGGCCUUAGCUUUGCUGUUGGCGGCAAAGCCCCCAACAGCAAAGUCCCUCAACUUGACCGUCCUGCUGUACCUGAGACAAGGCCGCUAAAAGAUGUUGAACUGUCUUUGCAAUUAAAGGAUGCAAUUGGCUACACACUUGAUGUCAAACCAUCGCAGAUACCCCACAAGGAUGCUGGUCAAGGUUUAUUUUUAAAUGGGGAAGCUGAUGUUGGUAGUGUCGUAGCCUUUUAUCCGGGCGUCAUAUACUCUCCAGCUUAUUACCAAUACAUCCCUGGAUACCCUAGGGUGGACUCUCAGAAUCCAUAUCUGAUCACUAGGUAUGACGGAACUGUGAUAAAUGCCCAGCCUUGGGGUUCUGGUGGUGAAACACGUGAAGUGUGGGAUGGCUUAGGAGUGCCCAAUACCAUGCCUGACAAUCAUGUUAUAGGCAAAGGCUCAGAUCGUGUUUGGACAAUGCUCAGCAGGCCUUUGAAAGGGACACAAGUUGGCAACGGUGGUGAUGUAUUAGAGCGUAGAAACCCAUUAGCAUUUGCUCAUUUUGCCAAUCACCCAGCAAAAGACACAGUUCCUAAUGUCAUGGUCUGCCCUUAUGACCUCCCAUUGACAGAGAGGGAAGUGAGACCCUACAUUCCAAAUGUAUCAUUUGGGAACACAGAAGAAGUUAGCAUGAGGAGGUUUGGCAGCUUUUGGUUCAAAUCUUGGAGUUUGAAAACGAAUACGUCGAAUUUUCCUGUUUUGAAGACUAUCGUUUUGGUGGCUACCAGGGCUCUUUGCAAUGAAGAAUUGUUCUUGAACUACAGGUUGAGCAACUCAAAACGACGGCCAGCAUGGUACACCCCUGUGGAUGAAGAGGAGGACAGAAGGAGAUGGAGUUAACCGGUUGAGAGAAAAAUGCCGCCAGCCGUUUCCGGAUAGGAUGGUUCAUGUCUUGUUUGGCACUCUAGGACUCUUUUUGUUGCCAAUGUAUGUUUUGUUCUGAGUUACAAGAAAGUUUCCUUCAUCCUUCACAGGUGGAUUAUUGUGAAACUUUCUUUUUUUUUUGAGAAAUUAUUGUGGAACUUUGAUGGAUUACUGAAUUCUAUAUUUGUCAAGUGAAACGCUACAAUGAGUCUUAUUUUUGGUGGUGGGAGUCUAUUGGACUUCUCUCAUUGGAUCUCAUGUGAAAUCGUGUGUCCCACAUAAUAUAAUAU